AUGUUUCAUGGUGAUAUACCUAAAAUUGUAAUUUCCGCUUCUCUAUUCGAAGGCGAAGUACAAGGACAAAAUCAUGACAUCAAUAACGAAGGAUCAUCAGAAAUAAAUCUAUCACAUCAUCACUCUUCCAAAGAUAAUAAUAAAUUACAUAAAAAAAGUAAAAGACAUAAAAGACCGAGAAAUAUACCAAAGAUUAUAAUCACAAGCGAAUCCGAUGAUGAAAAGGAUUCCCAUUCCCAUAAAUCGUGCACCAUAAAUUCCGAGAAAAUGAUUUCACCUAAAAACAAAAAUGAUAGCAAUGAUAACGAAACUAACACAAACGGGACUUCCGGCUUUGAUUGUGCAUUCGAUGAAACCCAAACAACCGCACUUAAAAAAAUCAGUCAAAGUCAAAUUAAACAAUUUGGUACGUUUGACAGUGAAUCAUCUGAAACAACAACACUUAAUGAAUCAAUUUUAUUUAAUUCCAAUCAUAUUAAGCAACAACACGAAGAGAAGGAUAGUAGUAAAUCUUGCGAGAUUAAAAAUGAAAUCGUAAAAACCAAGAAUCUACCUCAAAGUAAUACCCCAAAUAAAGAAUCUAAAAUUCAUAAAAUGAUCCGUUAUAUAAAAAAAAAACCUCCUUACUCUAAAGAUAAAAAGCGGUUAAAGGUGAUCUGUAGGAAUUUAUUUAGUGAUAAGCGUAAUAUUCACAACGUGAGAUCGGUAACAGCUUAA